AUGUUAUCAUUAAUAGAAAAUAUUGAAAAACUAUUGACAAUAGGUUAUCAAUGGUUUUGGCCAAAUACAAAAAAAUAUUUUGAAGAUAUUGAUUUAAUUGUGACAGGAAUUCUACAGAAAAAUAACAGAAUUAUUUGUUGUCAUCAAUAUUUUCUCAUGUUUUUAUCAGCAUCAAUGAUUAGAUAUUUUCUAAUCUAUAUUCUACCAUCGUCAAAUCAAUAUCGUAUUGUUAUAUUUGAUUCCAGUAAAUAUUUACAGAUUACUAAUGGAUGGAAUCUUGUUUUAUCAUUCUUAUUUCUUUCAUUGAUUUAUAUGUAUAAACAUUUUUUCGCUGAAAAUUAUUGUCAAUUGAAUUCGAAUGUAGUUGAUUUGAUUCUUGGAAAACGAAAUGAUUUUAUUUUUGAAAACAAAUCACCAACAAUAGAAUGGUCGAAUUAUCUACGAAAAAGAAUUCGUAAACAUAUUGUUCGUCGUAAUCUGGAAAUCUGUAUGACAGGAUCGUUUCUUUUUCUUAUACCACUUUAUAUUGUGAAACAAGUGAUGAUAAAUUGGUCAGAAUUUUUUGAUUCUGAUUAUCCACAUUUUUUUGGCUAUAUUAAACUUGUUACAGCUAUAACUACUUCUGUUACAGAAAUAUUUGAUUCUAUUUUUGCAUUCCAUAUGGUUGAAUUAUUAUUUACCUUUAUACUUUGUUUCUAUUGGCUUAUAUCGAGCGAAUAUGAUCGAAUUAAUCAAAAAAUUCAGAAAAAACAACCAUCAAAUCGAUUGUUGGCAUUGUUUAUACGUGAAAAUACCAAAUUAUUCAUAUUUGGGAAUCGUAUAUUUCGUUUAUAUUCAACAAUUUUCCUUGCUUAUCUUGUUGGUUUUAUACCGAUCGAUCUUUAUCUAGUAUCAUGUUUGAUGAAAAUUUAUGAUAAUGAACUAAAAGCAGAUAUGAAACAAUUAGUAUUUAUAUUAACCUGGAUUGCAUCACAUGUUGUAGGAAUGUUCGGUGUACAUUAUGUUUGUACCCAAUAUUCAAAUUGUAUCCAUUCGAAUGUUUUCACUCAUUUAUUGCAAAUUACUUAUGAUGAUUUAUAA